ACAGCUUUAGUUCCCAAUGAAGCCAUACUGGGAAACAGAUGACUAACUGGGUCUUCCAACCGCCAGAGCAGGUGAGAAGGGGAACACAAAGAAGAUCUGUUCUGACAGCUUUGGCUGAAAUCAGGACUAAACUCCAGGAGGAAAGAAGAUCUGUUCUGACAGCUUUGGCUCAGGAAUAAACUGCACGAGGUACAAGAUGGGGGAAGUGAAGAUUGAAGAGAGAGGACAAUGGGCCAGUAAGACAGAGUUCCUCCUGGCGGUCGCAGGGAACGUGGUGGGCCUGGGAAACGUCUGGCGGUUUCCCUACCUCUGCUACAAAAAUGGAGGGGGUGCGUUCUUGGUGCCGUACAUGGUGUUUGUGGUGACGUGUGGGGUGCCCCUGUUCCUGUUGGAGACGUCGAUGGGUCAGUACACCCAGGAAGGAGCAAUCACUGUGUGGAGGAAGCUUUGCCCUCUGGCAGAAGGUAUAGGCUAUGGGGGCCAGGUGGUUCUGCUGUACAGCUGCAUAACCUACCCCGUCAUAUUGACCUGGGCCCUGUUCUACUUGAUCUUUUCCUUCAGCUAUGAGCUCCCUUGGGCCAGCUGCACCAACUACUGGAACACAGACAAAUGCGUAUCAUUUUCCCUGGGAAACGGGGCCGUCGGAUGGAACAACCAGACCAACUCUACCUCCGCAUCCACAGAGUUUUGGGAACAGCGAGCGUUGUCCAUCUCAGGUGGGAUUGAAGAAGUUGGCAGCAUCCGAUGGGAAUUGGUGCUCUGUGCCCUUGUAGUGUGGGUCGCUUGUUACUUUUGCAUCUGGAAAGGAGUCCGCUCAACAGGCAAGGUGGUGUAUGUCACUGCAACCUUUCCCUACUUAAUGUUGCUCAUUUUGCUGAUCCGUGGACUCACUCUGCCGGGGGCUAUGAACGGAGUGGUGUACUAUCUUUACCCAGAGCCGUCACAUCUAUUGGACCCACAGGUAUGGAUGGAGGCUGGUGCACAGAUCUUUUUCUCCUACAGCAUAGGAGUGGGAUCCUUGACCGUGCUAGGGAGCUAUAACCCUUACUACAACAACUGCUACAGAGACUGUCUGUGGUUGUGCUUGCUGAACAGCUGCACCAGUGUGGUAGCAGGGUUCGCUGUGUUCUCAGUACUCGGAUUCAUGGCAGAGAUGCAGAACACGCCCAUUGAUCAAGUGGCAGAGUCAGGCCCAGGGCUGGCGUUCGUUGCAUAUCCUCAGGCGAUAGCCAUGAUGCCGCUGCCUCAGCUGUGGGCCGUGUGUUUCUUCAUUAUGAUCAUUCUCUUGGGCCUGGACACUCAGUUUGUUGCAUUGGAGGUGGUGAUGACAUCGGUCAUAGAUCUGUUCCCCAAAGUGCUCCGCAAGGCCGGCCGCCGGGAACUCCUGCUCCUCCUGUUCUGCUUUGUCUGCUUCUGUUCGCAGCUCGUCAUGGUCACGGAGGGAGGAAUGUUUGUGUUCCAGCUGUUUGAUUACUAUGCAUGUAAUGGAGCAUGCAUUCUCUGCCUUUGUGUGUUUGAAGCAUUUGCACUUGGCUGGAUAUUUGGGGCUGAGCGGAUGUAUGACAUCAUUGAGGAUAUGACAGGUGUGCGGCCCAACUGGUUCUUUAAGCAAUGCUGGCGUUACCUCACACCCCUGGUCUCACUGGUCUCUUUUAUAUACUCUAUGGUUGAUUACCAGCCACUCACCUUCAACCGCUGGUACGUGUAUCCGACCUGGGCAUACACGUUGGGCUGGCUGAUGGCCUUGUCCUCCAUGAUUCUGGUCCCAGGAGUGACGCUGAUAAAACUGGCCACUGUGCCUGGAACUCUGCCUCAGCGAUUGCGUCGUCUGUGUCAACCUGCCGCCAAAUACCCGCUGGCCCUGGACAAGGAGGGGGAGCCAAUGGCCUGGGACAGGGGGGGGGAGCCACUCAGGGAGGUGGAGCCUCUCAGGGAGGUGGAGCCACUAAGGGAGGUGGAGCAAAUCAGGGAGGUGGAGCCACUGGCCCUGGACAGGGAGGUGGAGCCACUGCCUGAGGACAGGAAGGUGGAGCCGCUGCCCAAGGACAGGGAGGUGGAGCCACUGGCCCAUGUCAGGGAGGUGGAGCCGCUCAGGGAGGUGUAGCCGUGGUCUAUAUAUUACCUCAAUAGACCACAUGAUAUUAACGCUGACAUUAGUACAUCAUUGGACCACACCUUGGUAUUGUCAACACCAAUUCUCACUAGUUUGUUCCUCUAUACAUUGGGGCCAAAACAACACCAUAUAAAGACAAUAUGCAGAAUCUUAACACUCAUACGAAUUUACACCAUCGGCUCUUUUUUGCCAGCAUGCCUCCCUAGCCUAAUUAUGUGCAACUGUUUUGCCCCUAGUUGUUACCUAAUUUUUGAACGCCUCAUAGGAGUUCAUUAUGACUAUCUGAACCUCUUGAGUGAAAUAGACUGCUCUUGAUCUAUCAUACUUACCUAUGAAAAGGUGAGUAAAAUGACGCAAUGCACUAUUUAACUCUGAUCGCGAGUUUCCAAAGAAAGCCUGGGUAUGUUCAGCGAGGUUCAUAGCAUACCCCACAAGGCUUAUAUAAAAAAGAUGGCCUUGCUUUUUCAAUGGAAUAAUCAAUGGAUGUGAACUGUAAUAACAAAUUUGAGGUAUAUUAAAUUUCCUUUGUGUAAGUUUCACUCAAAAAUGA